AUGACGGAUGUUUGGAAAUCAAAUGCUCGAAAAUUUUGCGAAUUAUGCAAGGUGUGGUUCGCAGAUAAUUCAGUCAGUAUACAGCAUCACGAAGCUGGUCAGAAACAUAAAGCGGCCAUACAAGCCAAACUUCGUGAAGUUGGUAAACAAAGUAAUAUUUUAUCCUUUAAAGGUGAUAUCAUUGGGCCGUCGCUCAAGCCUAAAUCCUAUUUGGAUCCACGAGCUCAUAAAGCAUCUGUUGUUAGCAUGGCGAAAGAAAUAUCGAAACAAAAGAGCGAGGUAAGACUCAUGAAGGCGACUUUUUUGUUUUUCUGUCUGUCUUUUCUGUCUUUUGAUUAA